AGCUGUACUGAUUGUAUAGAUUUAUUUUAUUUCCUUAAUUAGCAUUAAAAGCUUUGUAUAAAUUUCCUUGCUCAUGGGAUGUAAAUGCACAUAUAAAUACAAGACGCCUUUUCUUCUUCUCAAAAUCUACAUGGCAUCAGCUCCAUUGCUGCCUUUUUGAGGUGAGUUAUCUUCUUCACAACACUAGGUUUCCGUUUUUAUCAAAGAGGCCGAGUUUUCUCUUUCUUGGUGGUUGUCCGCAACACAAGCUCUGAAUUUUCUUUUCUGUUGAGAUUGUUGGAACAUUUCGAGCCUAUCCUUACCAGUUUUGAUUUUUUCGGUCAUCGGAGUUAAGGUUCCGUCAAGGCUGAUGUGGUUUCCGACAAGGCAGAUUAUUUUCAACAAUUUUCUUCAGAUUUCUUUUUGAUUGGGAAUAUGGAGACAUUCAAGGACACAGUUUCUGGAGCAAUCUUGUCUUUGGAUGAAAUUCAGCUUCUCUGUUACCUCCUAGCCAAACUUGACUCUGCUAAUGUUGCCACAUCCAACUAUGUGCAAUUAGUGAAGGAUCUUUUGACAAGCUGGGGGGUGGAAGGAUUGAAGAAACCGGUGAGAAAAGCAUGGAAGACAGUGUCAAGCUGCGUGUGUUGGGUUAUAUGGAAGGAAAAAAUGCUAGAUGCUUCGAAGGGAAAACCGGUUCCGAAGAUUAAAUUCAAGUGCUUAACUGCUUAUGGCUUUUGGCUUUUGGUGCAACUUACAAGAUGAUAAAGAUGAACACAGAUAAUUCUGAAGAAGCUCACUCUUCAAAGGGUUCCAGAGGGCCUCCCUCUGAAGGAGAACCUAGGAGUUCAGACAGGGGAUUAUGUUCUUGCAGUACCUCAGGUUGUGGAUGUGAGAGUAAAUGCACCCAGAAGUUUUCAGUUUCCCCGUUGACAGGAUUGAAUACUUCUAAAGAACAGGAUUUGGUCACUCCAAAUUCUGGUGACGGGAAGAGAUGCAAUCUUCAGUAUUGUGAUACCUCUGAUUUGGGAAAACUGAGUCUGGAAGAAGCUGACACAGUAAAAGACAUCUCUCAGAGCCUCUCUGUAAAUGCAGUAAGAAAAAGGAAGUUGGCCUCCGGUCUGAUUACUUUUCAGCGGAGAGCCAAGCGGGACAAGGAUGCAGGUCGAGCAGAGGCAAAGUUCGAGCUCAAAGUUGAAGAAGCUGCUUGUUUAUCAGUUGUAAAUACUGCAUGUCCUGUUGCUCCUCAUGGCUCUGAAGGAUCAGUUGCUAAGAGCUGCUCUUUGGAUCGUUCAGCAGAUUCUAAGCAUUCGGAGACAACCAGCGGAGGUGACCAUUAUCAAUGUUCUUGUGCUGGAUCAACUUCGCGGAUGAAGAUAUUGAUAGAUGUUAAUGAACAGCCUAUCUCAGUCAAGGAAGCCUCACCAAUCGGUAAAGAAGCUCUUCCAAAUUCUGGAAUAGGUUUCUCUGGUUUUGACAACCGUUUUGCUUCAGAUGCUGUCAAGGAUUCAUCAUUUCAUACCACUCAGGAUCCAUCUUUUGAUGCUUUAUCCGGAACAGAAGUACCAAUAUCGUCUCCCUUAGAGUUUGCGAGUGACAGAGGUUCCCGAGCUAUAGAUUUGUCCAUUCCUUGUGACAAUAGUGAUGACAAAAUCGAUUGCAGUAGUAUGUCAGAACAGGCAUCCGAUGAACACCUUAUUCCAAUGGCAGAAGAAGUUCAGCAGAACCCUCCUUGCUCCUUGAAUGAAAAUGUUUCUACGUUUUUACAGAAGGUGCCUUCUGACAAAAGUUUGGAAUUACUUGACAACAAACCGGAGAAGAUAUCUCCAAUUCAAGCAGAGGUACCUGAAGCUGGUUGCUUACCUGGAAAAGCAACGGCUGAUUGUAGUGAGGGCAUUGCUUCAAUAAAUAAUUUACCGCAGCUUUUUCGGGAAGAUGGAACCUACAACUUUUUCCCAUUAGCAAGCACGCAGGAAAAUGAGAGUGCUCCUGUGAAUUCUAAAGGAGGAGGAAAAGUUUCCUUGUCAGAAGACAAGAAGCAUAGUGGGUCUACUGUAGCGGAAUCCUCAGAUUUUCUUGGUUUGUCAUUGCCAACUGAAUCCAUGGUCAGUGGUCCAGCUUUAAUUUCAAGCUCGUCACAGUUGGCUGAUAUGUGGUAUCAACCAAGGGAAAUUAUUCAAGGAGUUCCUCAGUUUCCUUUUGAUGCGUCAUUACUUCAUCGACAUCAAAUGAUGCUGGACAACAUUCUUAAUAGAGCAAAAUCACAGAAGAGAAAUAGGAGGAGAUUUGCAGAAAUAUUUGAGUCUCCAACAAUGUGGUCAGAAGAGGAGCUAGACUCGCUUUGGAUUGGUGUGAGGAGGCAUGGAAGAGGUAACUGGGAUGUAAUGUUGAGGGAUCCAAGGCUGCACUUCUUUUCCUGGAGGACACCAAGGGAUUUGGCAGAACAGUGGGUGCAGGAACAAUCGAAACUUUUACAUGGAAAAUCCAUUUCCCCUGUGGGACAGUUACGAAAAGCUGAUCUUUUGUCCCAUGGUACGGAUGAUGUUCGACUUUCACUUGGGCAUGCAUAUUUGCAGUCAGAGGACAUCCAGAGCCAAAUACCUUUUCAUUUUGGAAAUGUUCAAAAUACUUCGUCCAAACUACUUCACCUGGCUACAACAAACGUAGGGACCUUAGACUCACUCUGUCAUAGGGGAAAACGCGAAAGAGCUAGGUUUAAUCAAUCCGAAAACUUUGCAGGUUCGGGUGUUGACUGUUCAUUCAGUUCUGGUAUUAUGAACAGAGUGUCUGAAGAGGGUAAUUUGCCUCACUGGCUUAAAGAAGUGGUUGCUAUCCCAUCGAGGCCUCCUGGAUUUCCCCCAGAUUCUUCAUGGAUUUUCCAUCUACCCUUUCCCGAACCUAACAAAGCUAAUUGUGAAUCAAGGAACAGAUUAAGCGACUUGUACACUUCACCAAGAACUGAGCUGAAUAAUGGCAGUGCUGAUCAUGCUCAUCUACCAGCAGUGCCUAUGAGAGAGGGGAAGCAACAUUGUAAGUCAGAGGCCAAUAAAAGAGUUGAGCUAGUUGUCAUCAAUAGUGACGCCUCAUCAGAGGAGACAAUAUCGGAUGAUUGUAAUGUAAGAUGUUUAGCUUAAGUUGGGAUUUCAUAGUUUAACAAUGGUUUAGCUUGUACAAAAGGUUGGUAUUCGGCUAUUUCUUGAGAGCAAGGUUAACUGAAAUCAAGUAGUAGUUUUUUUGCCAAUUGUUGCAAUCAGUUGAUUUACAUAUUCUUAUUUUA